AUGGCGGGAGGCUUCCGCCUCCUCUCGUUUCUCCUCGUCAUCGUCUCAUACCUAGCCCUUCUUCCUCAAUCCGGCCAUGCCCAGUUCAUUCAGAGCUGGCAAAGGCAGACGGUCAACCAAAUGACGAUGUUCUUCUGGAGACCGACGACGAGCAGCCCGCUGAAGGAGGUGAUUAAUCCCCAGGCCGGCACCUUCCUCGAGUAUAAUUGCUUUUACAUGCCGGCUAUCUGCCAGAAUGCCCGGAACUAUAUCAACUCGGCGGUCGGCAAAGCCCGGACAUUCCAAACCAUCUUCUCAUAUGAUUUUGACUCGACCCGCGGCAAGAAACGGCGCAGAAGGGCAUGCCCGUCGGGCAGGCAGGGAUGGAAAUCGCACCAUGCGUGCCCGGAGCCGAACCAGCCCAAGGCAUGGCGGAGCGACGGCCAGUGGCCCGAGACCAAGCUCGAGGCCAACCCCCUCAACGCCAACUUCCGCGAGGUCAGCGGGUACACAGAUAACACCGGGCAGUACCAACGGUCGGGGUUGCAGUACAGCUGCGACGAGUUCCCGCCUGCCCAAUGGGUCGAGGGUGGCGUCGGUACACCAGGCCAGAGCGUCCAACCCGAGGGCGACGGUGCAGCAUCCCAGACGAUAUGUGCUGCCAUACGCAUCUGUAUCAAGGGCCAGGGUACGGCCAGCGAGCAGAACUGGCAGGGCGCUCUUCACUCCAGGCUAUCCCACUUGCUGGUCCAGCAAUUCACGAAUUCCAGAAACACGGCCCCUGUCAGUGGUGACGCUGCCAUGUUCGGUAUCCGCUUGGUCAACGACCCCAAUAACGGCAUAGCCGGGCGCGUCACCUAUUUCGGCCCCAAUGGUGCAAUAGUGGGUCCUGAGCAGGCCCUGUUUCGACGCGACGGCUCCAACGGAGACCUUGACUACCUCCACUGGCUGAAUACGGUGCGUCUGGACGAGCUCGAGGGUCUCCACGAGGACGUGGUCUACGCCAAUGCAACGCUUCCCGACGAUGAAUUUGAAUUCAUGGACGAGGACGAUGACGACGACCAGACCCUCGAUGCCGCGGACGCUUUCGGAUCGCAUCUUCGGGCAGCGGGCAACGCCUCGUCGCUCUACUCCGCAGCCCCUGCAGCCUCUGAGCCUGCGCUCGCCGCUGCAUCUACCCCGCCCCCAGUCCAGUUCUGGAACGCAGGCGGUCUGAAGAAGGUGGUACGGCGCAACUCGACCGAACCCAUCGGCGGCGACGGCGACGGGCCCCUGCUGAAGAACGCCACGCAGGCCGACAUCGAGCGCGCGCGCAAGCUCGUGGCCGGCGCCAUCGUCCAGAUGGCCAAGCAUAACAAAGCGCGCAUCGAAAACCCGGCUCGCAAUCAGUACAAGCUUGCGCCUGGGACCAGUUUCGGCGGGUCCAGGAGCGCGAAGCAGAAGUUUGCUCGCCCGGCCGCGGGCUCGGAUGACCCGGCUCCGCCGCCGCUGUUCGAUGUCACGGCCGAGAUCGCAGCGGCAGCAGCCCUCGUGGCCGAAGCUGACGCGGCGGGUGUCGGGUCCGGGCUCUCGAAUCUGACGCGGCGAGCCUUGCCGCACCCCAUCCGGAAGCGUGGCACGUUCUGGAUGGAGGGCAUCACGCGGCGGGGAACGGUGCCUUGGGGUGGCGACCCAAGCUACAAGGUGUUCCGCAACGUGCGCGACUAUGGUGCCGCGGGAGACGGCGUGAGGGACGACACGGCCGCGAUCCGAGGGGCCAUGAUGGACGGCAGCCGAUGCGGCGAGAACUGCAACGGCGCGACGGUCAAUAACGCGGUCGUGUACUUCCCGCCAGGCACGUACCUCGUGUCGGGGACGAUCCAGGUGGUUUACGGCACGCAGAUGAUUGGCGAUGCCAAUGACCGACCGACCAUCCUGGCGGCCGCUAGCUUUGUCGGACUCGGCGUGCUCUCAACAGACGAGUAUGUUCCCGGGGGCGGCAUUGGGGCCGAUGGUAAGGAUAUGGAGUGGUACAUCAACACGGCGAGCUUCUAUCGCCAGAUUCGCAACUUCAAGAUUGACGUAACGCGCACGGCGCCGAACGCACAGGUAUGCGGCAUUCACUACCAGAUUGCGCAGGCCACGAGUCUGCAGUUUGUCGAGAUCGUGGCCCAAACUGGGACGACGCAGCAGGGGAUGUUCUCUGAGAAUGGUAGUGGCGGUGUCAUGGCUGAUGUGACCUUCACGGGGGGCAAGUUUGGGUUCUACGGUGGAAACCAGCAAUUUACAGCUCAGCGCCUGACCUUUAACGGCUGCGAGACGGCCGUCCACAUCAACUGGGACUGGGGCUGGGUGUGGAAGUCCAUCACCGUGACCGACGCUCAGACGGGCUUCAACUUGCUCAACGACGGCGGUGACGGCAACAUCGGUUCAUGCUCGUUCCUGGACUCCCAGUUCACCAAUGUCGGCACGGCCAUCCAAAUCGCACCCCCAUCGUCAACGCCCGGGUCCGGUACAACGGGGCUCAUCCUGGAGAACGUCGGCCUCAGUGGCGUCACCAAGGCAGUCGCCGACAGCAGUGGCAACACGCUCUUGUUUGGCGUUGCCCAUGUCGAGGCCUGGGCUAUUGGUCCUGUGCAUGACGGCUCUGGCCGAACCUUUGCCAUGGGCCGUGAUGUCACGCCGUACCCGCGUGUUGAGGCUCUGCUUGACACGAGGAAUGGACUUGCGAAUGCGCCGUACUUUGAGCGGCCGAAGCCGCAGUACGAGGGCAAUUCGGUGUCGGAUUUUGUGUCGCUUAAGGCGUCGGGGGCAAUGGGCGAUGGAGUGACCGAUGAUACGUUGGCCUUCCAGACUGCCUUGAACCAAAACGUCGGCAAGAUCAUCUUUGUGGACGCGGGGACGUAUAUCCUGACGGGCACUGUCUCAGUCCCAUCGGGCACUAGACUUGUGGGCGAGACAUGGUCGCAGUUCGCAGCCAAGGGCUCCUACUUCGGCGAUGCAAGCAACCCAAAGGUGAUGCUCCGUGUCGGCGAGAAGGGCGAGUUUGGUAGCGUGGAGAUGCAGGACCUGCUUUUCACGACCCAGGGCGCGACUCCCGGCGCAAUCCUCGUCGAGUGGAAUAUCAAGGCCUCCAACCAGGGCUCGGCCGGGCUCUGGGACUGCCAUGUGCGCAUCGGCGGUGCUACAGGCACCGAGCUGACACCUGCCGAGUGCCCCGCUCUUCCCGGCGGAGUUACGCCGGGCUGCCAGGCCGCCAGCGCCAUGAUGCACAUUACAAAGGGGGCGUCGGGAUACUUUGAGAAUAUGUGGCUGUGGGUGGCAGAUCACAUGAUCGACGACCCUCUGCUGGACGACAACAACAACGACAUGGAGCAAGUGACUAUCUAUGUUGCACGUGGCAUACUCAUCGAGAGCCAGGACGCCACCUGGCUGUAUGGCACUGCGUCGGAACACGCGACUUACUACCAGUACAACUUCCACAAUGCCCGCAACAUCUUUGCUGGUAUGGUGCAGACUGAGUCGCCCUACUACCAGCCAGUCCCGGCAGCCCCGCUCCCAUUCAGCGUCGAAGCCGGCGUCAUGGCCGGUGACCCUAAUUAUAGCAACUGUAUGUCAGGUAGUGGCGGUGGUGACUUUGAUGGAUGCGACUCAUCGUGGGCUGUCAUUAUCGAGGGCUCGCAGGACAUCUUCGUCGCCGGCGCAGGGUUGUAUUCGUGGUUCGACAGCUAUACGCAAGACUGCAUCGACUCUCACGAGUGUCAGAAGGCUUUGGUGCUGCUUAAGAACAACUACCUCAACGUGAGGCUACAGCACCUCAUCACCAUCGGCGCCAAAUACAUGGUCGUCUCGGAGGGAAACGGCGUGCUGGCGACAGACAACCUGGCCAUCGAGGCACAUCCGGCGUGGUCCCAGAUCUCCGUCUUCGACGCUGUCAGCAAUCACGAGCGACACAUCUCGCCAGAGAGCGCCACCAUCAUCCCGCUGCCGCACACAACCGUCGGCCCCCAGGCUACACUGACGCUCACCGGCCCGAUCAGUAGCGACGUCGCCAUCCUGCCCAACAAUGGCAAUCAGAACGACGCUCCCGGCCCAGGCGCUAACGUGUGCCAGGAGUGCAGCUUCUUUAGGCUCCUCACAUCCACCUGCUGUGGCACAGGGGGCAGUGUCGCCAAUCCCAUCGAGAUCUCCCCCAACGUGCCGACACCGCUAGACAUCCCGCUCCCGGCAGGCUUCGUGCCGAACCAGGACUUCACCGACGCCGACGGGGCCAACCAUCCCGCCGGCGUCGCGCUGCCAGGCGAGACAAUCGUCCCCAGGGGGACCGUAUUCACUGAGCCGUUUACCAUUCCCGCCGGCCAGCCGUUGCGAGGCGGGGAGGAACCCAGCGACGGCGACGAGUUCAUCUGGAUCAACCCGACCAUCUGGGAAAGCCCCAGCCCAACUGUUACGUGCUUCAUCCCAUGCACAUUCGUGCUCCCGCCGUGGAAGGGCGCGACGAGCACGAUCGACUUCCCGCGCGUGACUGUCACCGAGGGCGAUUGGACAUCGACCAUUACUAAGCCACCCAUGACGAUCACCAGCUGGGGUUUCGAACCAGAGCUCGUCUCACCAACCAGCACAAGCACCACGACCUCCGAUAGCGGCCUCGUUAUAAUCUGGCCAACCUUCAGCCCGACAACCACAUGGCCACCCAUAACGUACUCGGACGACAAAGGCAGCACUCACAAGACUCGGCCGACCUCUCCGGCGCGACCGGGUCCCCCGCCACCCCACCCGCCCCAUCCGCCGCCAAAGGGCUCAUGGCCGCCACCAGUCGUGGUCAUCCACGGACCACCAGGCCCAAAAGUGAAUCCCUGCUUUUUCCCUGCCCUCACGUGCCCACCGGGAAGUGGCGGCAACUCUGGCGGUCGCGGACGGACGACCGGGCCGGAUGAUCCCCCGCGCGACCCGGACCCCGGGGAUGACCGUGACCCCGAUGAUGAUGAUGAUAAUGACGACGACAACGACGAUGAGGAAGAAGAGGAGAUUUGUCUUCUCGACACAGAAGAGGACGGCAAAGACGGCGGUGAUAACGGUGGAGGCGACGUGGGGGUCGGUGAUGACGUCGGCGGUGACCCGACGCCGACGCCGACGCCGACAAUGACGCCUGACACGCAGGGCAACUCUCUGGACUGCUACAACCACGGACAUGCGCUCAACCGCAGCCCGUUGCUCGAUGCGGCUAGCACGUUCUGCGCCGGGGGGGUCGUGGCGGAGCCGACGUGGACGCCGGGACAGUUCCUCGAGUGGCAUCUCGAGCCGUCGGGGUUGGUGUUUGGCGUGGAUGUUGUGCUGUCGGUUGAGGUUAAGACGGAGCGCGGGGCUGGAGGGGCUGAGUGUCGGUGGGUGGCUGGUCAGGAUGAGUGUAUGCGCUACUUUGCGGCGGUGGUGGAUGGGUGCGAUUGUGGUGGGGUGGGUGGGAAGCAUGGAGGGGUUAUUGAGAAUAACUGCCUGAAGUUGAGGAUCGAUCCGAAUGUGGCGAAGUGA